AUGUCGGUCCAUUCCGCCGGCGUGACUCCGGCCAUGGCUGCAGUCGCCUUGAACACAUCAUCCGUGCGUGCGUGCACACGGAUGGUGCCAAAGACGGUGGCGCUGGCACAGGCGUCGGGUCUGCCGUUCGGCCUCCACCUGUCGACGAUGAGUGGGCAGGAGAUGCGAUUGGUGGAUGAAGAGCUCUUGGCGUACAAGCCAGAUCCCGCCGCGGUGCUGCGGAGCGGACGACAGGACGAUGCAACAGUGCAAGCACUGUCGCCUCAGAACGCGUCUGCUGCCGGCGUCGCAGGGCCAGGCGCAAGUCGCGGUGGAAGCACCGUGCUUGGACUCCCAGUUGCUGAAAGUUUUGUUGGUCUGACUUUUGUCGUCCCAGACUCGCGGGAGAACACUGCGACCCCCGUGCUCAUCCCCGCCAGUCGCCGCGACGCCAGUGUCGGCGAGGCUCUUGCCUCUGCCGCGCCGCAUGGGCAGGCGGAGGCAGAGCCGAGCCGCCGCGGUGGGGCUCACCUGCUCAGCCCGCAGAGCCAAAGCGGUAACGUGGCUCAGCAGCAGCAGCAGCCGUCCCAGACGCUGCAGCAGCCGCGCGUCAGCAGCCCCAUCUCCGGCAUGACUUCGUUUGUCACUCAGCGCAACUCGCUGCUCAUCCCCAGCAAGGCGCCCGUGGUCCAUCUCCCGCCAGACUCGUGUAACGCUUGCCGUGGUUAUUUCAACCGCCAUUGCGUCUCGCUUUCCUCAGGCGACUGGAAAUGCUGCUUGUGUCCGCACAUCAACCCUCCACUACGGCGGGCAGUGCGCCCCGAAGAGCUGAUGCAUGACACGAUCGAGUACAAUGUGGCACAAGACACGCCACUUGCAAUGGCGCACCCGGAACCGGUCAUCGUCCUGCUGUUCGACGAGAACAUUCCCCAGUCCCACGUCAAGGAGACAAUCAUUGCGCUCAAGAACACACUCGACGACAUGCCUCGGUCGGCGAAAGUCGCAGUCGUCACUUUUUCCACUCUAGUCUCCGUCUACCGACUCACGGCCACGGCGUCGUCGAGCUCGGAUGUAUUCCCAGGCUCCACACUCCUCAGUCUGGAUGACGCAGCCCAGCUGAGCGAGUCCUUGGACUCGUACAUUGUUCCUCUCCAUGCGAAUCUGCUGGCCGUCAUGCGCGCCGUCUAUCUGUCCAACCGUUCGACGGGGCCGACGUCCUCUCCUGCAGCUGCCAAGUGCUGUCUGGGAUCCGCUCUGGCGGUUGCCGAGACGCUCCUGAAGCAAUGGACAAGGCGAUCGAAUACGCCUCAGUUGCCUCGCGGAAGUCAGAUUAUCGUGUUCGCAUCAGGGCAUCCGAGCUACGGCCCGGGCGCAGUUGUGGAGGAGCAUGAGAUGAUGGACGUGCUUGUUAAUAUUGUGUGCAUUGGGUUUGCGUACUUUUGCAUUCCAGUUCUUCGCUCGGCUAUCCAACCAUCUGGCGGCACGCUCGUCAUGCACAAUGAAGUUCGACAGGAAAUGGCGGCUGAUUUGCGAUUCCUUUUGUUGCAGCCCUAUGGACGCGAUGGACGAGUCUCGUACAAGUGCUCCACCAAUUCGAUCGAGCUAACGCAUGUUAUUGGUCCUGCGUCGCCAUUGCGUGACACGGACAAGAUGGGGGCGGACGACUUGUGCUUUUUGGCAACAGUGCGUCCACAUCAAAGUCUCGGCGUUCUAUUCGAGGUCGUGCGCGACAUUACCGAUGAAAAUGUCUUUUUCCAGUUUACAUCGCAGUACACCAAUCCCAUGGGCGACCUCGUUCACCGUGUCACAACCUUGCGCUACUCGACUACCACGGAUCGUGCUGCCUUGCUGGACUCUGCGGACACGGAUGCCUGUGUGGCAUUCAUUGCCAAGCAGGCGAUUCUUGCCAGUCGAGAUGGCGCAACACCAGCCCAAAUUGUUUCCCAGCUCGACUAUCAACUCGGCUUUGUGUUGAAGGCGCAUUCUGAUUUCGAUCGCUUCAACCAUCAAACCAAGCUCGUGCUUCCGACGGCCAUUGAAGAUUUGCCUUCCAGAAUGUACCAUCUGCGACGAAGCCCCAUGCUGGCUACCCAGAUGCAGCCGGCAGACGACAUUGAGUACCUGCGCUCCAUCUUUUUGCAGAGCGACGUCGUGACCUGCCGGAAGAUGAUUGAGCCUCUGAUGUUUGAAGUCAGCGACUGCGGGACGUUCACACCUCUAUCGCUCAGCACGCUCAGCCUCUGGCCCGAUCGCACAAUCCUCGUCGAUUACGAAACGCACAUUCACGUGUGGUUGGGCUUGGCUGUGGUCAACAAGCUGCAGGCCGAGGCCAUUCACGCCGGCGCCACCAAGCUUGACAUGGCGAGCCACGCUCCCAUGACCUGGUGCCACAAGUACGUGCGUCGCGCUUCCAUGACCUGGUGCCACAAGUACGUGCGUCGCGCUUCCUCGCUGCGGUUCCCGCAUCCUCAGUUUAUCGCCAUGCUUACUCCUGCGCACAACGACACGAUUGCACUGAAUCUUAUCGACGCCCCAGACCUGGCGCGGCUCAGCGUAGAACAAUUGCAGUCGCAUCUGGAGAGGUUUCCGAAAUCCGACGAGUGGUCGCUGCGGAAUUACCUGCGCUUCAUCCAAACACUCGACAUGAAACACAGACCUGCUCCACUAUAA